ACAGAAGCUUCAGUUCGGAAGCAAAGCGUGAAGAUAGUUCAAGAAGCAGCUUUGCUAUUAGCAGAAGCGAGACUUCUUGAGGAUCAGCUGUGUUAAGUCAGCAAUUAUGGUCAUGAUGGAAAUCUCAAGCGUUGAUAAUGAAACUCUGGGACAGCUUCUGAAAGAAGACGCCUCUAGAUGUUUGCUACUGGAUUGUCGCUCUUUCUUCGCCUUUAACGCAUCGCAUAUAUUGAAUUCAAUCAACGUCCGUUUUAGUACCAUAGUUAAGCGAAGGGCUAAAGGAGCGAUGGGGCUUGAACACAUUGUACCUAACGAAGAGUAUCGCAAUAGUUUGAUCUCCGGCCGCUAUUCAUUCGUUGUUAUAUUUGAUGAAAAGACUUCUGAGUUUAACAUGCUCAAAAAAGAUAGUACAGUACACCUAGCAGCUAGCACGUUGUGUAGAGAAUCCUAUGGAGCAAGCAUUAACUUUCUCCGAGGAGGUUAUGAUGCAUUUUCAUCGGAAUAUCCGGACUUUUGCGCUAAACCUUCACCCCCUCCAUUGUCGCUACCUCUGAGCGCUAACAGCCGGCCGAACAGCGCAGAGCCAGGCUGUAGUUCCUGCGACACUCCGCUCUAUGAUCAGGGUGGACCUGUUGAAAUCCUCCCUUUCCUCUACCUCGGAAGUGCCUAUCAUGCGUCAAGGAAGGACAUGCUGGACGCCCUUGGAAUUACGGCUCUAAUUAAUGUCUCUGCUAACUGCCCAAACCACUUUGAGGAGCAUUAUCAGUACAAAAGUAUUCCGGUGGAGGAUAGUCACAAAGCAGAUAUCAGCUCCUGGUUCCUUGAAGCCAUCGAAUUCAUCGACUCUGUGAAGAACACUGGUGGCAGAGUGUUUGUUCACUGCCAAGCUGGUAUCUCUCGAUCCGCUACCAUCUGCCUGGCUUAUCUCAUGAGGGCCAACCGGGUGAAGCUGGACGAAGCUUUCGAGUUUGUUAAACAACGUAGGAGCGUCAUCUCCCCCAACUUCAGCUUUAUGGGACAACUUUUGCAGUUUGAAUCUCAAGUAUUCACCCCCUCCUGUUCGACAGAGGCUGCCAGUCCCUCUCAUAAUACCUCCAGUACUUCAACCCGAUUUGUCUUUAAUUUUCCUGUCACCAUGCCCGUGCGUUCGCCAGCGAAUUCCUUGGGUUAUCUUCAGAGUCCUAUUACGACCUCCCCUACAUAUUGAUGUGCGGAAAAGACUAUUUCUCCGGAAUAAAUAAAGCACAAUAAGCUAAGAGGUCGUGUCCACACCCAUCCUCAAUGUAGAGGCUGGUCGGUUAUGGUCUCCAGACCAGAACUUUCACUUUUUUUAAAACUGAACUUUCUCAACCAGACCAUUGCACUGUGUCCAAAUCUGAAGACUGUCUGGCGAAGAUGCAAUCGACAUUUUAGCACUUUUUAUACCGUUUCGGAGGGGGGGGGCAAGUUUAUAGUGAUUUCAGUUUGAUAAUUUAUACAAUUAUUUAUUUACACAAUGGCUAUUUUGUUGUAUAGAUAUUUUGUACGAGUUCAAUAAAACACUUUUUUA